AUGUCCAAGAAUGUGUCAUUUGUUGAUGCUUGCUGCGUGUAUCGUGGGAAGUUCGAUGGAGAGUCGGAUAAAACCUACCUGAAGCGGUUAGUUAACCAGAUCGAAGCCGAGUUUCAGCGUCUUGGUCCGGACACGGUCGCCGCAUUCGUCGCUGAGACGGUGGCAGGUUCGACGCUGGCUUCGGUUCCCGCAGUCGAGGGCUAUUUUCAAGCUGUGCGAGAGAUCUGCGAUAAGUACGGCGCUCUGUUGGUUCUCGACGAAGUCCUCUGCGGCAUGGGCAGAACCGGAACCCUUCACCCAUGGCAGCAGGAGGGGAUUCAAGGUCCUGACAUACAAAUGAUCGGGAAAUCUCUCGGAGGUGGUUUCAUCCCCGUCUCCGGGGUUCUCGUUCACCAGCACAUCUUUGACACCAUCGCAACGCCGCAGGGAGCUCUGGCAGGAGGGCACACCUUCCAAGCUCAUCCAACUGCCUGCUCCGCGGCUCUAGCCGUGCGGAGAAUCAUUCAGGACCGAGACCUUCUAUCCAAUGUCCGGCUGCAGGGCCAGCUCUUAGGCCAGCUCCUGCACGAAGAGCUCGGUCAACACCCACUUACGGGUAACAUUCGAGGUCGCGGACAGCUUUGGGCCAUAGAGUUCAUGCGAAAUCCGGCCACGCGCACACCCGUCUCCGAGGACGAUAACUUCUCUUACCGGGUCGUUGACGAGGCUGUUGAAUCACAGUGUGUUCUUGUACUGAAAAACAUGGGCUUCCCAGGGACAUGGAAGAUUGACUCCGUUGCGAUAACCCCACCAUUUAUUGUGACGGAGAUGGAUAUCCGAGAAGUUGUCCAGAGGUUACGAAAAGCAGUUGAAGAGGUUGAUAAGCCGUACUUGCAGUCUGAUGGAACUUUGAUUCGUCCAUGA